AUGAUGAGCUCCAGACAGGAGGAAACUCUGCGCUUUUUCCACUAUGUCGAGGAGAGCGGCCUGAGAGCCUACAGCGGCCUGCUGGCUCAGAACCUGGACCACGCCAGGAAUGACCGAAACAGGAGCUACCUGCAGGACAAGAAAGACAAGAAGAGAAAACAGGAGGAAGCCAUUAAGAGGACGGGCGAGGAGGACCUCCUGAUCGAGGGCAAGCACCUGCGCAUGGGCUCCAUGACCAUGCCGGCCCCCCAGGAGCGCAUGGCCGCGCCCCACCCGCUCGCCCUGGCCUGCGGGCCAGGCUUCGCCGUGCGCUCCCAGUCCCUCCACUCGGUGGGCGGGGGGGACGAGGAGGCGGGCAGCCCCACCUCCAGGAAGCAGCCCCCGCCCAAGCCCCGGCGGGACCCCGCCACCAAGCUCAGCAUGUCCUCCGAGGCCGUGGACCACAGCCCCACCUCCACCUGCCGCGGGGAGCGCUGCGACGGUGAGUGGGGGGCGACGGACUGCAGCGAGGACUGCAGGCGGGUUCCGCCGCCCAAGCCCAAGAGGAACCCCAACACGCAGCUCAGCGUCUCCUUCGACGACUCCUACAUCAAGACGCACGUCUGCUGCGGCCGGGCCUCGCACCACGGCUCCGCCCCCUGCGAGCGCCACCCCUCGCCGCCCUACAGCGACGAGAGCCCCGGCGACGACUGCGAGGACGAGCCCGUCUACAUCGAGAUGGGCGGCGGCGUGGACGUCGGGGGGCGGGACCCGCAGCCGGCGGCGGGGCCGGGGCCGCCGGGCGACGAGGACGAGCCCGGGGAGUCGGUGUACGAGGAGAUGAAGUACCCGGCGCUGGAGGACUACGAGUACCGCACCGACCCGGUCGGCUGCCGCUCGGCCUGCCCCACGCCGGCGCCGUACGACCCCGAGCCGCUCAGCCGCUGCUCCACGCCCCGCAACAUCCCAAUGUGCGACAUCCCCGCCCCCUUCCCCAACCUGCUCACCCACCGGCCCCCGCUGCUCGUGUUCCCGCCGGCGCCCGCCCAGUGCUCGCCCAACUCGGACGAGUCGCCCCUCACCCCCAUGGACGUGACCAAGCUGCCCGUGCUGGCCGACCAGUCGUACAGCAAGUCGCCCACCUCCUCCGGCGAGACGCCGCCCUCCUCGGCCCACCUGCGGCGGGAGCUCUGCGCCACGCCCACCCUCACCGUGUCGGGGCGCUCCUCGGCGCCGCCGCUGCCCUGCACGCUGUACUCCAAGUCGUCGUCGGGGGCGUACCAGCGGAGCCACUCGGCGUGCCCGUCCCCCGUCAGCAUGGGCCGCUGCCUCACGCCGCUCAGCCUGAUGCGGGCCGCGCCCUUCGACCCCGGCAUGCCCUUCCCCGGGGGCGGGGGGCUGCCGCGGAGCGCCUCGGCCACGCCCCACGGGAAGGGCUCGCCGCCGCAGGAUGGCGGCGGAGGGGGCGGGGUGGGCCGGCACCACGGGGGCUCCAUGCAGAACGUGUCGACGGGCCGCUCCCGCACACCCACCAGCCCGCUGGACGAGCUCACCAACCUGUUCACCACGGGACGCAACAUGCUGAAGAAGAACGCCAGCGGACGCAAGUCCAAGGAGCCCGGGGAAGCCGAGUCUAAGAGCAAGUCCCACUCGGAGGCCAAGCGCGAGGGCAAGGAGCGCCACGGCAGCCACGGCAAGGAGUCCAAGAGGGAGUCCAAAGAGCGCCACCACAAGGAGUCCUCCCACCGCAAGGACCGGGACCGGGGGGACAAGGGGGACAAGGAGUCCCACGCCAAGCGCCGCAACAGCAAGGACCGGGGCUGCAGCUCGGUCGAGCCCAUCCCCACGCGCCGGGACUCCAAGGAGAGGGGCUGCAGCUCGGUGGAGCCCGUCCUGCUCAUGAGGCGGGACUCCAAGGACCGGAGCGGCAGCAACGGAGACCUGCUGACGGCCCGCAGGGACAGCAAGGACCGGACCCACGGCGCCCCCGAGCCGCUGCCGCGGCAGGAGCAGGUCAGGGAGCGCUCCCGGAGCAGCGCCGAGUUCGGCCGGCACGAGAGCCGGGAGAGGCUGGAGCGGCCCCCGGAGCUUCUGCCGCGGCAGGAGACAAAGGAGAGGACCCGGUCCGAGUACAAGCACGACGGCAAGGAGCUGGCCCCCGAGCUGCUGCCGCGGCAGGACAGCAAGGAGAGGGCGAGGAAGGGCCUGGAGCACCGGCACGACGGCAGGAUCGACCAGCCGCCCGAGAUCCUGCCCCGGCAGGAGACGUCCCGGGGGGGGGCGGAGGGCCCGCGGGGCAGCAUGGACCGAUAUGGGUACAGGCAGGAGGAGCCCCGGCAGGAAGCCAGGGAUCGGUGCUGCUACAACGGGGUGGACGUCCCGCCUCCGCCCCUGCCCAGGCAGGACGCCAAGGAGCAGAGCUGCAGGACUGGGCUUGAGACCCGGCGGGACAGCAAGGACAGGAGUGUGAACGGGGCGGAGCAGCACCGCUACGAGGGGAAAGACGCCAGGAGUCCCAACGGGAUGGAGCACCGGCGCGACAGCAAGGAGCGGGGCGGGACGCCGCGGCGAGAGGGCCGGGCCAGCUACAACGCGGACCAAUCGAAAGCACAGGAGAGGAACGGGAGCGCGGGGCUGGGGCAGCACUCGUCCACACCCACCCAUCACGGCAAGCCGGCCGGAAGCCCACCCGCCGUAUCGGGAACCGGAAGUGGUGAGCAACUCAAAGCACCACCUAAGUAUGGCCGCACAGCGUCCGUACCUGGGACCCAAUCUCCCAUGGGUACACCGCAGAGGAAAGGAGGAGACUCCCAGCCUCCACAUCAGAUGCCCCAGAUGCCCUGGAUGUGUGGAGACAACACCAUGCUGGACCAGAUCGAGAGGAAGCGCACCCUCUGCAUGGAGAUCCGGUCCAGGCAGCACCCGUUCCUGCAGCGCACCCUGGAGAGGCCCCCGGCCGACAGGGGCCCGUCAGACAGGGCCCCGGCGGACAGGGCCCCGGAGAAGAGCCAGUGCAAGCAGCAGAGCUCGCCGGCCCUCCCGGGUUGGGAGAAGAGCAACGGGGCCAAAAACAUCCGUCCCCCCCCGUACCCCACGCAGAAGACGGUGUUCUGGGACACCGCCAUCUGA